GUGAUGGCGGUUGCCAGGGUGAAAGGUCAACGCGCCGGCGGCACUCCCAACAUGGCUGCCGCCCGGGCUGUGGCGCGCGGUCCCGGAGCUGAUACGCGGCAGCCACCCUCUCUUCGAGCCGCGCGGCUGCCGCGGCUGCUCUUGCUGCUGGCGGUGGUGGCGGCUGUGGGGCCCCGGGAGGGCGGCGGGGCGCGGCUCUACCGCGUGGGCGUGGAUGCCGUGUGGUUGCUGGACAGCGGCAACGUGCGGUCGGCCACGGGCAACAGCUCAGCCGCGUGGCUGGUGCAGUUCCAUUCGUCGUGGUGCGGCCACUGCAUCGGCUACGCACCCACCUGGCGAGCGCUGGCGGCGGACGUGCGAGACUGGGCUGCUGCCAUCCGUGUUGCUGCUCUGGACUGUGCAGAAGAAAAGAAUCAGGAUGUGUGCCGCACAUAUGACAUCCACUUCUACCCCACCUUCAGGUAUUUUAAAGCAUUUACAAAGGAGUUUACAACUGGAGAAAAUUUUAAAGGACCUGACAGGGAGCUGCGGACAGUCAGGCAGACAAUGAUCGACUUCCUACAGAACCACACUGAGGACACCCGGCCGCCUGCAUGCCCACCCCUGGACCCUCUUCAGUCUAGUGACAUCCUUUCCUUCAUGGACAGCCACAGUGGCCAGUACCAUGCUGUUGUGUUUGAAAGCAAUGGUUCUUAUGUUGGACGAGAGGUGAUCUUAGAUUUGAUUCCAUAUGACAACAUCAUGGUGAGCCGAGCACUGGAUACGGACAGAGCAUUUCUGGGGACACUUGGCAUUUCUUCAGUUCCUUCCUGUUACUUGAUUUACCCAAAUGGGUCUCAUGGACUGGUUAAUGUGGCAAAGCCUCUACGAUCAUUUUUCUCCUCUUAUUUAAAAUCCUUACCAGAUGUAAGGAAAAAGCCAUUUUCCUUGCCUGACAAGUCUAACAAAGAGGAAAAUUCAGAGGUUGUGGUUUGGAAAGAAUUUGACAGGGCCAAGCUGUACACUGCAGACCUGGAGUCGGGACUUCAUUACCUGCUAAGAGUGGAGCUGGCUGCCCACAGGUCCCUGGCCGGAGCCCAGUUAAAGACAUUCAGAGACUUCAUGACUGUCGUUGCCAAGCUGUUCCCUGGCCGGCCACCAGUCAAGAAGCUGUUGGAGACUCUGCAGGAGUGGCUGGCCAACCUCCCCCUAGACAAGAUUCCAUAUAAUGCCAUCCUAGACCUGGUCAACAACAAAAUGCAGAUUUCUGGAAUCUUUCUUACCAGCCACAUAAAGUGGGUGGGAUGUCAAGGAAGCCGAGUGGAGUUGAGGGGCUACCCAUGCUCCCUCUGGAAACUGUUUCAUACUUUGACAGUUCAGGCCUCCACCCAUCCGGAAGCACUGGCUGGCACAGGCUUUGAAAGUGACCCCCAGGCUGUGUUACAGACCAUGAGGAGAUACAUUCGCACAUUCUUUGGGUGCAAAGAAUGUGGUGAACAUUUUGAGGAAAUGGCUAAGGAGUCCAUGGACUCUGUGAAAACUCCAGACCAAGCUGUUCUCUGGCUGUGGAGGAAGCACAACAUGGUAAACAGCCGCCUGGCAGGCCAUUUGAGUGAGGAUCCCAAGUUUCCAAAGGUUCCAUGGCCCACUCCAGACCUCUGCCCAGCCUGCCAUGAGGAAAUUAAAGGCCUGGACAGCUGGAAUGAGGGCCAGGUGCUUGUGUUCCUGAAACAGCACUAUAGCAGGGACAAUCUGGUGGACGCAUACUCUGUGGACCAGGGCAGUCCUGGUGACUGGGAAGCCCAGGGCAGAGAGCAAGAAGGAGGCAAAGGUCUUCAGGGAAGUCACCAGGACACUGAGAGUCUCCGUCCACCCCAUAUUCUGGAACAUGAACUUUCUAAGAGCCUGCACCACAGGCUGGGCCUCAGACUCCAAAGCCCUCAGGGGCCCCAGGCCCUUAAGGAGGCCAAGGCAGUUGUGCCCUUCCUUGGGGUUGGCUUCUCCAGUCUGGACAUGAGCCUCUGUGUGGUGCUCUACGUGGCCUCCUCCUUGUUCCUCAUGAUCAUGUACUUCUUCUUCAGAGUAAGGUCCAAGCGAUGGAAAGUUCGGCUCUCCCACCCAGCUGUGUAGAAUACUUGGGGCAGUCAUGGCGACACAGAGGAAGCUUUGAAACCACCCACACACCUCAGCUUUAAUGUUGGCAUCAGGGAUUCUGCAAAUGUGCCCAGCAUGGUGUCUGGAGGAGCAUGUUUUGUUUGUUUUUUCCUUAGGGAACAUUUUUGCCUUGCUGGUACCUUGUCCUCACCUUCCAGCCUCCAUGUUAGACUAGUAUGUAUUUGGCCCUGUAGGCUAGAAGGAGGCAGGUCCAACCCACAGCCACACGACCUUCCAUGUUGCUGCUCCUUCCAUGAGGCCUCACAUCUACAUUUGUUCCCUUCCCACCCACCUCCUUUCUCUGGGCGCAGUAUCCAGACAUGAGGAGCCAAGGCCCAGAGGCCUCGUCUACAGAAUCAGACCCUGCCACAAAUGUGGGCUGUGUUCCUGCCUAAGCCUAAUGUGCUUUCAUGGGGGUUCAGGGUGCUCUGAACUUGAACAGGGAAGUCUGGUCACCUUGUGGGGUGCAGGGCCUAGAGGCCACUAAGUUAUGUUUUAGCUUCCCUGUGUCUUAAAUAACCAAUCAAGCUGUAGUACAAUCCUGGUCCCUGGGGCAGUGCAGGCUCCAGGAAGCCUCUAGAGCCCCUGUCAUGUCUUUCAUAGACACUGCAGAAGACACUGGUGGGGCAUGGAUGCUACCCCUUUGUACGAGGCCUCCUGGCCUUGAGGGUAACUUAAAAACAGCAUCAACUUAAAUUAAAUACAUUGUUUGUAAAAUCCCAAUGGUAAACUUGUGCCUAAAGACUUUUUAAAAAA